AUGUGGACUGAUAUCCUCAACUUCGGCUGGGUGCAUGAUCCCGUGAACUCGGAAACGCAGCGGUUCCUGCAUCAUGGAAUACGCAGCCAAGAUCCCGAUGUUGAAAGAGACGACAACGUCGCGUUUGGGAGUCAGAAUUUGAGGGACUUUCACCUCGCUUUGGCCUCUAGGGAACUCUACUGUGACGUGGCAUCGCUUGGUGGUUAUCUGGCGAGUUGCAGAUCUCUCGACGAAGCUCUCGAUUUUCUCACAGUAUUCCCCGGGAACAAAGUCAGACCAUCGGGCCGUGACUUGUACGAGUGGGAGUCUGGGGGCUUGGUGGGCAGCAUUGCCGAUUCCUCGACUCUGGAUGGAAAGUUGCGGACGGACAUCAUGAGACUUGCCCUCGAGUGCAUUGAAGGCGUGGAUGUUAACGCCCCGUUUAACUCCAAUGCUUGGGAAGAUGACUUACCGGAGAGGAAACGGACGCCUCGCAUGACCGGUCUCCAGGUCGCAGCUUCCAAAGGGGACCGAGAGCUUGCCAAGGUUCUGCUUCAGUACAGAGCCCGGACUGAUGUGGUGGAGUACAUAACAGGGUUGAAUGCAGCUGGAUUUGCGCGGAACAACGGGCAUGUGGUCUUGGCGGAAUGGCUUGACAGUUUGUCUCAGAAGGAAAAAGAGAUGAUAAUUGUCAAAUAG